CCAGUGUUCCACCCAAUGACUGUGUUUGAAGGUUCCACCAGAGUUGAGAAAUAUUACAUGAGUUCCUUAACAUGUUUUUUAAAAAAUACGUUUUUUGACGAUGAUUCUUAUAUUUGUGUUCACGUUUUGAAGCGAGUGUACUUUGUUGAACGUCUCUGGCCGCACACAGGUGGUACCAGUGAGUGGACUAGUUCUUUUUGCAUGGACCGGAUCCCCAGGUGGGUGGAUAUUUAAUUUUAGGGCCCAAUGAAGUCUACAAUGUGCGCACCCCGCCCAUUGAUACAAGGCUCCAAUCUACUAGCCUACUGUGGAGGCUCAGACUGUCGUAAUGUCGGAGCCCAAGGCACUCACCCCGACUCCGGCUGGAGACACAUACAAAGGAUGGCUAUUCAAAUGGACAAAUUACAUCAAGGGCUACCAGCGACGAUGGUUUGUCUUGAGCAACGGUUUACUAUCCUACUACAGGACACAGGCAGAGAUGGGCCACACGUGCCGGGGCACCAUCAACCUGGCCACGGCCAACAUCGCGGUGGAGGACUCGUGCAACUUUGUCAUCUCUAACGGCGGGGCACAAACCUACCACCUGAAGGCCAGCUCUGAGGUGGAGCGGCAGCGCUGGAUCACCGCCCUGGAGCUGGCCAAGGCCAAGGCUGUCCGCAAUCAGGCCGAGUCUGACGACUCUGGUGAUGAGUGUCCCACGUCACCCCCUACCUCGGGACAGGGCGGAGGGGCUCGUAACUCUAACUCAGAGGUACAGUCCACACUACGCACUCUGGGCAGCAAGGUGGAAGACCUGAGCACCUGCAACGACCUCAUCGCCAAGCACGGAUCUGCCCUCCAAAGGUCCCUGUCAGAGCUGGAGGGGGUGCGGCUGGGAGGCGACACUGAUGGCAAGAUCCGGCAGGUGACGGAGAGAGCAACGUUGUUCCGCAUCACCUCCAACGCCAUGAUCAACGCGUGCAGAGACUUCCUGUCCCUGGCCCAGGCCCACAGUAAACGGUGGCAGAAAGCCUUGCAUUCGGAGCGGGACCAGAGGAUAAGGCUGGAGGAAACAUUGGAGCAGCUAGCCAAGCAGCACAACCACCUGGAGAGGGCCUUUAGAGGGGCCACCGUACUGCCCCUCUCCCAGAGCAACCCCGCCUUGGACAGCAAGAGUUCGGGCUCAGUAAAGGGUGACGCGAGCGACGAGGAUGAUGAGAACGAGUUCUUUGACGCUAUGGAGGACCCGGCGGGGUUCAUUACUGUACCGGCCGACCCCAAGUAUCAUAGAAGGUCAGGAAGUAACGUCAGUGGUUUCAGCACUGAGACUGGGAUUGAUGACCAAUCACUUUGUGACGAGCAGUCGUUGGGGUCCAAUCCGGAGUCGCCGCAGUCCCUGGAGGUUGAGCCAGUGAGGAAGAGGCGGACCAAAAUCCCAGACAAGCCCAACUAUUCUCUGAACCUCUGGAGCAUCAUGAAGAACUGCAUCGGCAAGGAGCUCUCCAAGAUCCCCAUGCCUGUGAACUUCAACGAACCAAUUUCCAUGCUCCAGCGUCUAUCCGAGGACUUGGAGUACUACGAGCUCCUAGACAAGGCAGCUAAAUGCCAGAGCUCUCUGGAGCAGCUGUGCUACGUGGCUGCCUUCACCGUAUCAUCCUACUCCACUACGGUCCACCGCACAGGGAAACCCUUCAACCCCCUACUGGGGGAGACCUACGAACUGGACCGGCUGAGGGAGAGCGGCUACCGCUCACUGUGUGAACAGGUGAGUCACCACCCGCCUGCAGCGGCUCAUCAUGCCAUCUCAGAGAGAGGCUGGACCCUCCGACAGGAGAUCUCCCUCGCCAGCAAGUUCAGGGGAAAAUACCUCUCCAUCAUGCCUCUGGGCUCUAUCCAAUGUAUGUUUGAGAAGAGCAACAAUCACUACUCGUGGAAGAAAGUUACUACAACAGUACACAACAUCAUUGUGGGCAAAUUGUGGAUCGACCAGUCGGGCGAGAUAGAUGUGGUGAACCACCGGACCGGCGACCGCUGCCAUCUCAAGUUCGCCCCGUACAGCUACUUCUCCAGAGACGUGGCCAGGAAGGUGACUGGUGUGGUGGCAGACAAGGAGGGUAAGGCCCACUAUGUGCUGUCAGGGACAUGGGAUGAGAAGAUGGAGUUCUCCAGGGUGAUGCAGAGUAAUAAGGGCGAGAACGGCACCGAGGGCAAACAGAAGACCGUCUACCAGACACUCAAAGCCAAGGAGCUCUGGAAGAAGAACCCACUACCUGAGGGUGCGGAGACCAUGUACUACUUCUCGUCGCUGGCGCUGACGCUCAACGAGCCCGAGGAGGGCGUGGCGCCCACCGACAGCCGGCGACGGCCCGACCAGCAGCUGAUGGAGGCGGGCCGGUGGGACGAGGCCAACGCAGAGAAGCAACGGCUGGAGGAGAAGCAGAGGAGCGUCCGCCGCGAGAGGGAGCGAGAGGCCCAGCAGGCAGCCAACCUGCCUGAGGAGGGGGCAGAGGGGGUGGAAGUAGCGGAGGACGCUGUCAUUGAGGACUCUUUCAUCACUGACUCGCCUUUGAAAAUGGAGAUUGGCACGGAAGCGAGCCAGGCUUCGGACGAAACGGACCCUGACGAUUCUCCACCUCACACUCCAACCCCACGUGGUCCGCCCCUCUCAGAGUAUCAAAUCGAUGACAUGGAAGGUCAUUAUGGAGCUGCUGUCAAAAGCGUCCACCAGGACAACUAUGAGGCGAUGUGGUUCGAGCGGACCGAGGAUGCCGUCACGGGAGAGUCCAUGCACGUCUACAAGGGGGGCUACUGGGAAGCGAAGGACCACGGCAGCUGGGACGUGUGCCCCGAUAUAUAUUGACCCCCCCCCCCCCAUCAGCGAAUUGUACUAACCCAGGCAUUUGGAAUAUGGAAGGCCACAAGCUGCCCUCUUUCCCCAAUUGAAGAAGGGGCAACCUGGGUAUCGACCCUGUUUAACCCCAAUCCUCCCUCUUUCAGGAUAGAUUUUGGGUUGUAAUGCCCCCAACCUCUCCCCUAUCACUCUCUGUGGGGAUGGUGUGCACAGGGGCAGUGAGACCCUGCAGGACAGUGCAACUGGACAGGGGGACAGACCUGUUUUCUUCUGCCUUUAUCUUCUGUGUAGGGUCCGUUUCUCCUAGAUGUUGAUCUGGGGUCCGUUUUGCAUUUCCCACCAUUGGGGGAGCCGAAGCUGAUCCUAGAUCUGUAGCUAGGGAAAACGUCACCCCCGUCGCUUCAGCUUCACUACAAUGAUUAGAUAUCUCCCCUUAGAGCCACUGUCUAGGCCUUUGUCUUUCUCUGUCUCUUCCUUUGCCGGUCUCUUUCUCUCACACUUCAUCUCUUACUAUGUUAGUCUGUGGAAAAGACUGGGGGCAGAUAGGUGGUCUGGUUGAUAGAUUCUAGCGAUUUAACACUAACUCUACCUUGUUCCUCUUCCAAAGGAUAUGGACAGUUUUGAGUAUGUGAAGAGGGUUAUAAUAGCAAUGGGUUGGUGCUUAUGUCUGUUUUGAGGCUGCCAGAUUUUCAAUGUUUCACAAAUGCUGUAAAGAGGUGUGUGUCCUCCAGAACUUGGUGACAUCACAUUAGGUCCUCUGCUGCUUGGCACUUGGAUAAUUUGGGCUUGGAGCCUGUUUUCCAUCUCAAAGCAGCGUAAUGGUCUAAAUGAAGGAUGUAUCGCCAUAAUACUAUUUAAACAGUUCCUACUACGCCCUACAUCCCAAAGAUAACUUCCACCUCUUCCAACAGCAAAGCAAUCUAGCGUAGCUGUAGUUUUUUAAAAAUAGGAUUAGUGUGUGGAGCAGACUUGAUCGUAACAUAUUGGAAUAGUGGCCUAGUACUUUACUGGGUGGAUGUGUCCAAAAUAGCAUCCUAUUCCCUAUAUAGUGCACUUCUUUCGACACCUUAUAGGCAGUGUUCAAAAGUAGUGCACUAUAAAUUAAUAGGGAUUCAAGGUGUGUGAGGCCACUCUUCGUCUACAUGAACUAAAGUGUGUGUACAGUGCUAGUACACAAAUGUGAGCUUGAGUGCAAGGUUUGAGUUCCAAAAAUAAAUCUUAUUUUCAAGUGUACUUAAUGUGAGUGUGAGGAAAAAUGAAACAGAUUGCUAAUAUUUGUAUAUAUCAAAUGAAGUAAUAAUUAGUGCGUUAUGGUCAGAACAUGAGUUUCUCCUAAAACUGGAUUGUCCGUUAAGUCAUUUGUUUGAUCACUUCUGUGUUGUCCUAAUCCCUGGCCCUGUACAACAUGACUGAACAGUUGUCCCAAGUUUGUUUGCACAAGUUACACUGCUGUGAAGACCAAUGGUUGUGAAAAAAGUGCAAAUACAAAAAUUGCUUCACAAAAAUAUCAGUAUCAAAACCAUUCAUGCGUUGUACCAAUUUGCCAUAUUGGUUGUCUUUAUUUUCAAUAAUUCUGUCCUGUUUCUCCAUUCAUCAUACUUUCCAAUCUUUUUAUGCUCAUUCAUUCUCUUAUGGAUCUUGGUCAGUGCACUGUGAGAGUAACAGCAUCGCAGGGUGAUUGUAAUAAAGCCUGACUGGAGAAGUGCAAA